GGGACCCCUACCCCCUCCUUUCCCUUUACUAAGCAAGAGCUCAGGGACGUUUGGGCGUUCUCAGCGCCCAACGCACAAUGCCCAAAUUCGACUAACGGCCAGUGUGGUGGGAUUUAAAAUCCUUCCCCAAUAAGUCCUACCUUUUCUUUCCUUGCCCACAUGAUUAUGGCCCUUGGCAGAGUUCACUAGUAGAAAGGGAAGCUUGGCUCCUGGAAGCCAAUAAUCCCUGCUUCCCACUUGCCGCUCAUUCUCCCAGGUCUCCGGUGAAAGGAGCUAAUCGCCCCCGCCCUGGGGGCCACUCCACCCUAGAAGCCCCUUUCCCCAAAGGAGCAUUCCAGAAAACCCAAUCUUGCAGCUAAGAAGAGCCUGGAAUUUCAGACCUAAACCAGUGAAAAAUCCUACUGAGCUAUGGGUAAGACAUUCUCCCAGCUCACCUCUCAGCAGGAUGAGGACAAGUUGAUCCUACCUGAUAACUCAGCCAUUGCCAGCAAGACUGCCAACUACUUCAGCACUGGUAGCAACAAACCACCGUGCUCCGGUGUGCUUUACGCCAGGGCUGCUGGUACCAGAUUUGUGAUUUGUCCUACCUGCCAAGGCCAUGGGGAGAUCUCCCACGAACUAGAGAAGCAGCUGGUAGCCCUCAUCCCUUACGGAGACCAAAGGCUGAAGCCCAGACACACGAAGCUCUCCGUGUUCCUGGCAGUGAUCAUCUGUCUGCUGACAUUCUCCGUCACCAUCUUUUUCCUGUAUCCACGGCCCAUUAUCGUGUACCCUGUAGGCCUCAACUCCUCCAUGGUGGCCUUCGAUAACAGUCAUAUACGUCUCAACAUGACGAACAUCCUGAACAUCUCCAACAGCAACUUCUACCCCAUCACCGUGUCACAGCUGACAGCAGAGGUUCUCCACCAGACCUUCGUGGUGGGCCAGGUGACCAGCAGCUUCCACCUGCACAUCAGUCCUUUGGCCACCGGACAGAUGCAUUACGAAGUUGCCAGCAGCAUUUCGGAUGCAAACACGUACAAAAUCUGCGCGCAACUGAAAGUCAAAGUCCAUCAUAUUCUUUUGCAUAUCCAGGGUACUCUGACCUGCUCCUACCUGAGCCAUCAGCAGCAGCUGCCCUUCGAGAGCUAUGAAUACGUGGACUGCCAGGAGAACACAUCAAUGCCCCUCCUGGAGAUCCCGUCAGUGUCCCUUCUGGAGAUCCCACACCCAGCUUGACCUCUCCACUGGCCCUGUGGCGCAGGCACCUGCGGCCUGGUGUGCACCUCAAGUCCAUGGAGCUCAUGGAAGGACGAGUGGCUUUGCUGAAGUAAUGGAAAUGUCCGGCUUUAUCGUGCCUUCCCCUGACACCCUCAGCACAAGGAGCUCUUGAUCAACGCCCUAGGCGCUGGCUCCUCGGGUCCAGGAGUAACUUCUUAUAGAUCUUCCUUGGGAUCUGUGUUAAGAAACGUCUGACCUGGCAUUGUCUUGCGGCUGAACGUCAUGGUUGUCCAGCUCUAUCAGGGUGGGUCUUCAGUUGGAACUGAGAAAUCUGUAGUUUUAUCUGGAUUUUUAUCAGCCCGAAUGGAUCAUUUCAUGUUCUCCUCCCAAUAACAAGUGGCCUUUGGGACAUUCAGUGCUGUCCCCAAGGUCUUUAUAGGUGACUAUAAAUGUUCUCUUGUGCUGUCUGCUUUGGUCGUGUGAUAGUGAUGUUGAUGGCCUGCCUCUCUCAGCCUGCAGACCACACCGUCUAAACGCCUUCUCUGUGGAACAGCUCUAAUGUUAUCUUCACAGCAGAAGCUAGGUAGCUGAGGGGAAGCCAUCUGGUCUACCCUAGACCAAAGGCAGAGUCACAGAAAGCCUGAAGGAUAGGAAGCUGUUGAUGUCAGGGCAAAGCUGUGGGGCUCCCAUGGGUGUCCUAUGGCUUCUCUGCUCUGCAGCAGGCCCACCCUCUGUUCCCAAGACCUCUGCUGUCCUCUGGGCUUUGACUGUGAAGAGUGACAGAUUCACCAGAACUGAACUAGAUCUUUCUCCUUGCCUGUCUCUGCACUAGAGCCAAGCCCCAGGUAAUUUCUGGUUUCCCACUAGACUCCAAAUAGAGGUGAUGUCUGUAUUGCAAGAGAGCAGAGAUGUUUGUCUGCUAAAGUGAGCUAGCCUUUGCCCUUCAGACAGCUGGUGUGGUGGGAGAGCUGAGAUACUGUUAAAGGAACUAUGUGACUAGCCUGGGCUACCAGGAGGAAGAGGAAGUCUAUCGUCACCAAGCUUUCCUCCUGGGUAGUCAAGGUUAAGGUAUACCAACAAAACACAGAGACCCGGGGCGGUCAAGCUGAGGUUUUAUAUGUAAACCACCAAAUGUAAAAGAUUUCUCUCAAUAAACUCUGUUUAGCAGUGUUGAGCGAAGACAGAA